UCACAACAGCGUAUGGGACCAACGUGCUGUUCACGUUGUUAAUGAUACGUGUUCGACUUUGUCUUGUCGGACAUUGACCAUUUGAGUAAACAAGGUAGUUUGUGAAGACAUUUCUAGCCAUGUCAUACGCCAAAUGCUUUGACUUAUAUCCCAAAUCUAAAUAUGACACUGAAUUUCCAUAUUUCAGAAAACCAAUAGAAAUUGGUUCAUUUUCACAAGACAGCCAACGACAAAUGGUAUUAAGUAGAAAGCAGAUGAAAUAUUACAUUCCUCCAGUGAACUCCAGUAAUGUUUGUUUUGAUCUUAGAAAGGGAUACAGUGAUUACAUCAGGAAAGAUGAAUCGAAACCAGAACUUCUUGAUGAUUUGCUGAGAUGGAUAAAGAGUAAUCUUUCUGUUUUUAAAAUCAAACCUGGCAAUCAACAGACAGAAAGCAACAAGCCUUUGAUAGGUAUUAAUACCGACUUUGUGUGUUGGCGGGGCUUGCUGACCAAACUACUGUGUACACCUUCUCAGACCUCAGAGGGGUGGAGAAUAGCCAUAACACGCUUCCAGAAUACUUUCUUCAUGUGCGAGUUUGAUACAGAGAAAAAUGCUGAGAUGAAGAAAAACAGGAGUGGGAUGCAAGAUGAAAUGUGUUACUGGGGAUGGAAAUUUGAGCAGUAUGUGACGGCGAGAUCUCCAAAUGGUACACCAGACACUCAUAGUCUUGUUAACACCAAUGAGGGUUUCUGUUCUGUUGUGCGGUCAAGGUUAAAUUCCCAUUCUCUAGUGUAUGGUGGUGAAGUGGAUGCAGCAAUUUCAGAAGCACAUCCAGGUGAACAGUAUCAGUAUGUGGAGUUUAAAACCAGCAUUGAGAUUGAGACACAGAAACAAGAUUUCAGCUUUAAAAGAUACAAGCUGAUCAAAUGGUGGGCCCAGAGUUUUCUGGUUGGCAUUGGACAGAUAGUGUCUGGCUUCCGUGAUAGGGAUGGGAUAGUACACAAAUUACAUACCUUUAACACAACAGACUUACCUUACAUAGCCAAGGACCUGAGAGAUCCCUGGAAACCCAAUGUUUGUUUCAACUUUCUUGACCAGUUCCUUAGUUUCAUCAAGAAAACCAUUGUAACCAAUGAUCACAGUGUUGUCUAUUUACUGGAAUGGGAGCCAGGUUGUGAUAUAAACUGCCAGAGAUUGCCUUCUAACUCCAAGUAUGCAUUUCUACCCGAGUGGUUUACUGCUUCUUUGGAUAUAGAGAAUCCAGCUCCUGGACCUACAGAUUAGAAUAAAAUAUAGAGAAAUCGUAUGUGUGGAAAGCCUGAAAUCGUAUGUGUGGAAAGCCUGAAAUCGUAUGUGUGGAAAGCCUGAAAUCGUAUGUGUGGAAAGCCUACAUGUGAUUAGGUCAGUUGUCCUCCUAUAACUGCAGCAAAAUUAUGUGAUAUUAGGUGACACAUGACCUGAUGUGGUAUGGAAUCUGUGAUGCUUUAGCAUCAGGAAAAGAAAUGAAAAUUGUAAACUUUAUUUUUUCACCACAGUUCUCAAACAAGAUGUCAAGCUAUCCUUAUCACUUCUAAUCGCAGAUGAAUGCAUAAGAGGGGUUUUACUGUGGGAGGGAAUUGGUCUACCAAGAGAAAACCCAUGUGGUUGGAGAAUCAAAUCCUGGAAGUCUAGGUGAAAGGGAAGUUUGUUAAUACUGCACAGCCUGAUACCAUGAAUCAGAAUAAGACUUCUGCCAGGGUCCUGUUGGGAAUGGUUUGAAUCCAGUUCAAGACUCGGGGAGCUGGUCAGUGUGGAUUUGAAUACCAGUGUGCUAGUAAAUGGUAGUUUGAUAUCCUGUUUAGUUUUAGGUGUUGAUUUUAAUAUGGAUUUAGUGAAUGGUGUGAUCUUGAACUAGAUAUGGUGGUUGGUGUAGAUGUGAACACUAGAUUUAAACCCAUAUAUGCUACAUAUGAGUGGACCUGACUUUCUGCUUUAAAGGGAAUUUGUGGACGACACUGAUAUAGACAUAAUAAAAUAUAUAAUUGCAGUGUUCAUCUUUUUGAAGGCAACUUCCAGUAAAAGUGUUGAUUGUCAGCAUCAAAUAAGUAAUUUGAUCAUACUGAGAAAAUGUGCAGCACACCAGGUACAGGGCCUACAACUCCUUGAAUACAGAGCUAUUGCCCUUUGGUAACUCAUGUGUGUCUAGAACAUAACUUUACUUUCAUUUAAGCUUAGGAUAAUGAAACUUGGUGUAUAUAUUGGUCAUAAUUGGGAGAUGUGCAGUGCACCAAACUCAUGGCCUACAUCUACUUAAUUACGGAGUUAUAGCUCUUUAUUAAACCUUUUGUAUCCAGAGCAUAACUUUCAGUAAUACUAAGAUAAUAAAACUUGUUGUAUACAUUGGUCAUAUUACGAGGAUGAACAGUGUACCAAAUUCAGUGCCUGAAAUCACAAAAAUUUUGUGUGCAGUGAAGUUGUUUUCAUGGAGCAUUUAUCAGUUUCAUUGAUACUCGUGUUUACAUGAGAGUGCAGUAGAGACAAGCAUCACAUAUGUUGUUUUGAAAGUAAGUGGUGCACUUUUAGAAAUAACCUGGAAAAAUUGCAACAGUGUCAACAUGCUUAAAUCUUUACUAUGUUUGAAUAUAGAUUUCUCAUGUUGAAGGGAGAUAACUUGUGUAUUUGUUGUGAUAAAGAGUUUUUAUACAGGGCAUCCAUCAUGGCAAGCUCGUAAGACUUAAGUUAAGACUCAACACUUUAGCUUGAAUUGAAUCUGGCCGUUUAUUUUCUUAAACGACGGUUAUUAUAAAAAUACAACAUUUUACAUAUAUUAUUAUAAAAUCACAGAAAGUCUUAGAUGGGGGUCCAAGCCCGCCGCCAAACACACUUAACACACAAAAAAACCCCAGAAAUUAAUUAUGCUACAUACAAGGAAAAGACAUACAACAGUACAUGGUAUUGUAUAACAAUUGAAAGGAAGGCAGAAAGGGGAUGGAGGUGGGCUAAACUUAUCAUAUAAAAAGAGAUAGAUAUGUUCAAAAAACAUAGGCGAGAGCUAAAGGUAAAGAAAUGACCUUGACUGUACGAACCUUCAUCCGCCAUACUUGAUCUUCAGCUUCUGAAGUAAAUUAGCUUUGUGAUUUAUUUAUAUAGCGUCUAAAAAUAGCCACAUAUUACUGCGCAUGAGUAAUACAUGCGACUGCCUCACUUAUCCCUUAAAGUGCCUUCCAAUAAAACAAAACAAUUAUUAUAUACAAAUGAAUGCACAGCAUGCCUGCAUAAAUUGUAUUAAAACAAGUUUUAAUUUGUAUAUAUCAUGUUUAUUGGUCAUCACAAUUGGUCUCUAGUUUUACACUUUUCAUCGUAGGACUCAGUUUACUGUAUCAAAAAGAUGGCCAUAAUCGUAGAUCUUUGACAGUGAAAGUUUGUUAUUGCUAUAUCUUGAGAUUAGUAUUCAGGAUGAAUCAUUCUCAAAUUUCAUAUAAUUAAGACCAAACAAAAAAUGCAAGAAGGGAAGAUAUUCAUUUUAUAAAAGUCACAUGAUGGUGGGCACUUCAUGUUGUAACCUCUUGUUUUCAAAGCAAGAUGCGUUUAAAAUCUGUCUAUGGAAAACAAUGCUUUAUUGCAUGGCACACCAAUGUUUGUUUUACAGAGUUUGUUGCUCUGUCAUAGGCCAGUAUCACUUUGUGUGCCAGUUCCUCCUUGCAGUAAUUCCUCAUUUAGCUACCUUACUGAACACAAUGUGGAAGCCACUUGCUAUUCAAAGCAAUCGGUCUGAAAUGUCAUACCCAUGACCACAAUAAUGACAUCACAGGAUUACCAUAUCUUGCCAUCUUCCUAAGAAGUUUCCUGCUGUUCAGGAAACCACAACUUUGUGUUGUGUCAUGGUGAUUAAGCCUAACAAGUUGGAGGAAAAUGGUCACAUGACCUGAAAAUGUGAAAAUACCAUUUAAUGUGAUGUUACACUAACCAAAAUAUUUUACACUUUUAGGUCACAUGAGACAAAAUCUCAUGGUGACCUAUUGUGAUCACCUUCAUUUGGCAUUGUGCGUCUGUAAACAACAUUUUCGACUUCUUCUCAAAAACCACUGAUUUCAAUGAAAUUUUGCAAAAAACCUUCCUUGGCCUAAAAUGAACAACCAAAAUUGUAAGUUAUACAGUUCCCCACCCCCCAGGGGCCUGAGGGGCAGGGCCAGAUGGGGUCAAAUUGACUUGGAUAUGCUAGAAUCAAAUACUCUUCAUGAAUGGAAGCAUCUCAAGGCACUUUACCAAAAUUGUGAAUUUCAUGACUCCAGGAUCUAGCAUUCCCUAUGGGGAGGGGGUAAAGUUUACAAUAGUUUUUAUAGGAAAACUAGAUUUUUGAGCAUAGUUUGUUUAAUUUUCAUUGAAAACAUUUCAAACUUGGUUAGAAUUAUGAGUGAAUGAUGACAGCUUGAUGGUAUGCCCAUUUUGAUCCUGACUGACACCGUGGGACUGAUGGGCGGGGCCAAAAGGGGUCAAAUUGCAUUUUUGAGCUAAUUGUUGGCUAUUUUUCACUGGAAAUAACUUUAUGAGAAUGAUCAGUAUAGGACGACAGUUUUGCAUGCAUUGACACUGGCUUACUAUAUUCAGUGUCACAAUUUCUGUUUCAUGAAACUUGAUAAUAUCCUUUAACCUUUAUAUUCAAUAUUGCUUUUAUGAGGUGAUGGUUAAGGCUGCUAGGCCUCUUGUUCUUAUUUUGUCACAUAUUGGUAAUGUGAUUAUUUUCAUAUGUUUUUGCUGUACAUGCAGAAAUGUUAAUGCAUUAAGAUAAUGUUGUUAACAUAAUUGCUGAGUCCCAAGCCAUAUCAGUGUCGCUACUUAGAGAGUAAAAAUCCAAUCAUGACACAAAUCAUCAUGCCUGCUACACGAAGACAUUACACAGUAAAGGAGAAGUUGGACAUCGUCAACUGGUUCCGGGAAAUGGCCAAAAUCUCCAUCAGACAACACGAGAAUUCUCCGUCGACAGGAAACUCGUCAGACAGUGGGACAGAGACUUCAAGAAACUCCUUGGCCAUGGAAAAGGAACAGACUCCAAGAAGCAGAAGCUUGACACUAACCCAGCACCAAGGUCCAUUAAGAUUGACGACGCCAUGUUUGACUGGUUAGUGGAGGAACGUGCUGAGGGUCGAGCCGUCUCCAGUUAUCAACUGCAGUCCAAGGGGAGAGAAGUUGCCAGGGUGACGCGUGUGUGGGGACCAAACACGGAUGAUGUGCGUCGUAUUCUGGACAGGUGUGUGGCCUGUAACUGUCUAGGAUGUCGCGCCGUCUUCGUGAGGAUGUCAGCAUGGACGUCCGCGAGAUCGAUGAGGUCCUACAGCAGGAAAUUGAUGCGACACUGGCCCACAGCAGCUUAUUUGAUUCAGCCGAGUCCGAUGACGACACUCUCCUAUUCGGAGGAUUCUGGCUGGAGGAUUAGCUAUUUAGUAUAUUUUGUUACAUUGUUAAUAAAAUGAUUGAUCCUA